AUGAGGAGCUGCUGCAGUUUGUUUUGGCUAUCCAUGGUGAUUUUGCUCUCUGCUUCUUCGGUAACAGACGGGACGAUGAUCGUCGAAAGGCGGUGGAACGGCACCGGAGAAAUGGAUGGUAUUGAUUGGGAGGUUAGCCUUGCAGGUGAUGUAAAUUACUUGUCUUACAAAGUUACUAAUGAUAAGCCACCGAUCUGCAACGAGAAAGUGUACGGGAAUUGCAUAGGGGACAAGAAGCCUGGCCAACGCCCAUGUACUGAAUACAAUAACUGCAAGCGUUCUCCAGAUUAA